AUGGCCUCGUGGUACAAGAACAUACUCACAAACACAACGUCGCAGCUCUCGAGCCUGCAGUCGCGGCUCCUGCAGACGGAGAACGACGGCGACACGGAGGACGACACGCACGUCUGCCGCGUGCUCCGCGCCUACUACACCCAGGAGCAGCGGCCCUUUCCCGGCUGGCUGCCGCCGGAUCCCAAGGCCCCGCCGCCCGUGGCCCCCGUCUACGCCUCGACCCAGCCCCAGGUCGGCGCGCGCUACGGUGCCGCCGCGUCGGGCGGCGGCGGUCAGCUCGGCGGCGUCCCGGCGUCGGGAUCGCUGAGCUCGCUGUGGGAUAGGAACCCGGCGCAGCAGGGGCAGAACGCGCCGCAGAGCCUGCGGCAGGGGCGGGGAGGCGGCGGGCAGCAGAGGGUGAGCCCGUUCGCUCAGGGUGGCGGCGGCGGCGGCGGCGGCGACGACAGGCCCGGCACCGGGGGUAGGGCCGGGAGCUACCAGUCUGGCAGCGUGUACUCGCAGGGAUCGACAAGCGCGCCGGCGCCGGCGGCUGCGGGUGGAGGUUCGGCGCAGGACAGGUUGAAGCAGAGGCUUUGGGGCGGCGGCGCGAGGACGACGAGCCCGGCGGGGUCGCAGGGGCCCUACCAACCGCCGAGCUCGGGAGGCGGCAGUCAUGGCGGUGACUACGAGGAGAGGUUUGCGCCGGGUGGCCAGUAUGAUGGGAGGGGAGGCGGCGACAGGUCAUACACAGGGUCGAACACGCCGUGGUCCAACAAUGAGCCAGCAUACGGCGGCAGCGGGGGAGGAGGCGGCAGGCCGGCACAGGGAUUGCCCAGCGGGCCAAGACGACAGGGACUUCCCAGCGGGCCGCGCAUGAGGUGA